CGAAGUUGCGCCCAAAUUAUGAGGCUCAAUGCCAGGUUGGGUUCCGAUGCUUACACACCUGGCCAGCUGACCUGAGGAAUGGCCCGUCGUCAAUACUUCAACUAGAUUAUAUGGGUAGGGCCGUGGCUAUUUAGACUCAUGAUACGUAAUGUCCACAGUUCUGCAACUCGGCGCCAAAAAAAAAAACACCCCUUGACAGAUAUUUCAUACUCUCCCUCCACCCCUGCUCCUAUUCCGACACCGCUAUUCCUGUCCAAUUAGAAACACUAUACGUGGGUAUUGACGUAUAGUUCAGAUUAUUUGGCUAGCACACCCAUGGCUAUCGCAUUCAAUCCGAAAAGGCGUCUACUUAGGCCCCUGGUAAUCGGGAUGUCUCUCUCAAGAUUGCACAGCCUUACAAAAUGUGUUGCUCCGGGAUUACUAGAUCAGAUGAAAACUAACCAGGGGGGCAUCAAGGGGGCGUGGCGUGGGCAUGCGUGGCAACCGGAGACGGUGGCCAAGUCAGUCUCGCCCAACCCUCCUACGACGUCUUCCUUGUUCGAAUAUUUCCCGGAGAAACGAUUCAGAGUGAUCCCAGGACUUCAGUUACCUUCUCUAAUCAACAAUGAGCCGUCCCUAGACUUCUUCGAUGUUGGCUCCUGUGUGGAUGUUAUUACUAGGCCAGAGGCCUUCGCUACUACUCAAGGACCCUCAUUGAGGUCGUUUAUGGAUCACCAAUACUUCACUAGCCUCUGGCAGUUCUUAACCAGGAGUUAUGCCCUUGGAGGACUACGAUUUAAUAUGGAAAUUGCCGUCGUGGGAGUCCUCCUCUCAUUGAAAGGUGAAGGGGGCAUUGAUAUGACUGGCAAUCCUACAUUCGCGGCCGUCGCUCGUUUUCUAUUGUUGAAUACUACCGGGGAUAGUACUAUCAGUAGAGAUCGAAUAACAGCUGUUGUCAAUGGACGACAUAAAUACACCCAGUCGAGUCUGGGUUCAGGUUCGAUACUCAGUCCGGGAAGCUGCACUUGGAGGAGAGGCUUUCGUAUCGGCCUUGAACGCCAGAUACGGAUCAGUCCCAUCGCAGGCGAACGGCGUACCAUUGAACAGUGGGCGAUACAGGCACUAGGAAAGGACAGGGUUUCUAGACGGAACGUUCUCAUUGUUAGAAACGUGGACGAGACGCUGAGAUACAAGUUUAAAACCAAGAAAGACGAGCUGAAAGCCAAGCUGAAAGCCAAGCUAAAAGGCAAGAAGACCAAGUUGAAGGCGAUGCUCCACAUCGGCUCCAGUAAGUGCCCAAACGGCUAUACGAACCCCCAGAUACUGACCCCUUUCGCUAGGUUCCAGGCACGCUGCGGUACCAGAGGACGACAGCCCAAUACCGGAACACAUCUUAAAUGAGGAAUUGGAGAGGAGGUUAACAAACCAAAGCCAAAUCGAUAGUCUACCCCAAGCAGAGCGUGAACUGUACGAAGACCGGGAACUUCGACGGCAGGCUACGUGGGAAGAGCAGGUCAUGCAGCAGUAGA